AUGAAGUUGAAUUUCAAGAAGUUAUCCGAGGAAGCAACAAUAUUGAAAUUAGAAUUACCUUUCACGUUGGAGGAGAUUAAGGAAGGAGUAUGGAAUUAUGAUGAGUCGAAAGCUACUGGGCUGGAUGGGUUUAACAUGUGUUUUUUCAAAGGUUGCUGGCAAUUAGUAAGAGAAGACCUGUUUAAUAUGAUGAUAGAAUUCCUUGGAACUGGAAAGCUCAAAAAAAGCAUAAAUUCUUCCUUCAUAGCACUUAUUCCCAAAACUGAAAUGUCGAAUGAUAUUUCAGAUUUUAGACCGAUCUGUGUACAAAAUAGUGGCAAGGUGCUGUCCCGAAGAAUCAGAGAAGUUAUGGGGGAUAUUGUGUUUGUUGCAUUGUUGCAGGUGUCGUACGAAGACGUGACACGGCGCAGCGCGUGGAGGCGUGGGGAGAAGGAGGUGCACGUGCAGGCAACGGCGGCUGAAGGCUUAGGGUUUUGGUCUCUAGGGUUUGUUGAAACUGAUUGGGUCUUUUCCUGCACUGGGCUGGUGGUUAUUGGGCUGGGGUGUAUUGGGUAA